UUCUUCAAAGCGUAUUAAAAAAUGGCAAAGUAGCAAAGAACAUAUCAAAUGGCUAAGCUUGCCCACUAUUAAAAAUGUUAUAGUGAGCUAAUGGCAUUUAUUAUAAGUGAAGUGUACAAUAAAACUGUUAGAAAGUGCAUAUUUGCAAUGUUGAUCUAAGGUGUGGGGGCCUCCAUAAACACACCGCCCUGCUGUGUGUGUUGCUGUUCUUAGACCCAAAUCACCAUUUGAGAGCAAUGCAGGCGUGAAUCCUAAAAGCACCUUAAACUGUUGCAAGAAAUAUUCGGCAAACAUUGUAAACAUCAUCAACCCCGUCAUUUGGCAAACAAGAAAAUAGGAGCAAGCUGUAUAAAUUGGCCUGUGGUCUUGGCUCCUGUCUUCAGAAGUCCCGUCCUUUUCUUCCCUGCUCUGAUUAGUCAGAUACCGUUUUUGACAAGAUGAAGGCUGCAGUGCUAGGGAUGCUUUUACUCUCUCUCUCUAUGGCCAUUUCUGAAGUAGCAGCUGAAAGAAAACUCUGCGGAAGGGACUUUGUAAGAGCUGUUGUCUUUACUUGCGGAGGGUCUCGCUGGAGGAGGCAGCUGACUCACUUUCCAAAAAGUCUCACAGGUCAAGAAAGCCAACUGCAUUCAACACUUGACACUAAUGACUCAACAGGUGCCAAUGAAAAGGUGAUCCAAAAGCCAGAAUACCUAGGCAAAGAAUUCAUCCAGUCCAGUUCUGAAGCUGAAGGAGAUCUGUGGGGCACAGAACGAAAGUCUAUACACAAAAGGAAUGAAGAUAUUAUGCAACUCACAGUCACUUGCUGUCUGGUCGGCUGCAGCGACAGCACUAUAAGUUCACUGUGCUGA